CGCUUCUGUUCCUGCCCGCCUCCGCGUGGGGCGAGCGCUGCAUCAGCCCCUGGCAGGUUGCUACUGUCUGGACCGCGUGGCGUGGUCGCUGUCUCUCUGGGCGUGCAGCUCCGCAGCCUUGCCGGCUCGAUUCGAUUGACUUACGCAGGAUUCUCUGCUCUUGCCUGGGAGAACAGUUCAGGACACAGAUGACCCCAGGAGCUCAGAUCCAGGGACUGCUGACAUUUGGGGAUGUGGCCGUGGCCUUUACCCGAAUUGAGUGGAGACACCUGGAUGCUGCUCAGCGGGCCCUGUACAGGGAUGUGAUGCUGGAGAACUAUGGGAAUCUGGUGUCUGUGGGGCUUCUCUCUUCCAAACCAAAACUAAUCGCCCAGUUGGAGCAAGGGGCAGAGCCGUGGAUGGAGAUGCGAGAGGCUCCAUCAGGCACGUGUGCAGUCCCGGAUUACUGGUUCGAAACAAAGAUGUCAGCCCUAAAGCAAAGCACUUCUGAAGGAUCUGUUCUGGGAGAGCGAAUAAAAAGUGUCAUGAUGGAAAAAGGCCUGGACUGGGAGGGCAGAAGCUCUACAGAGAAGAACUAUAAAUGUGAGGAAUGUGGGAAGGUUUUUAAAUACAAUUCAUCCUUCAUUAGCCACCAGAGAAAUCACACCAGCGUGAAACCACAUAAGUGUAAAGAAUGUGGGAUCGCCUUUAUGAACAGUUCAUCCCUUUUAAAUCACAGUAAGGUUCAUGCAGGCAAGCAGCCUUAUAGAUGUGUUGAAUGUGGGAAGUUCCUGAAGAAGCACUCAACCUUUAUCCACCAUCAGAGGAUUCAUUCUAGGGAGAAACCCCACAAAUGCAUUGAAUGUGGAAAAGCUUUCAGAAAAAACUCAAUCCUUUUAAGUCAUCAGAGAAUUCACACUGGCCAGAAACCCUACAAAUGUAAUGACUGUGGGAAAGCCUUUGCUCAGAAUGCAGCCCUUACUCGUCACGAAAGAAUACAUAGUGGAGAGAAGCCUUUUAAAUGUAAUGAAUGUGGGAGAGCUUUCAGGGAUAACUCAACUGUGUUGGAACAUCAGAAAAUCCACACUGGUGAGAAGCCAUAUCAGUGUAAUGAAUGUGGAAAAGCCUUUAGGAAGAGCUCAACUCUUAUUAGUCACCAAAGAAUGCAUACUGGAGAGAAACCCUAUCACUGCAGUAAAUGUGGAAAAUCUUUCAGAUAUAGCUCAUCCUUUGCUGGUCAUCAGAAAACUCAUAGUGGAAAUAAACCCUAUCAGUGUCAUGACUGUGGGAAGGCCUUUACAAAGAGCUCAACACUUACUGGACAUCAGAGAAUUCAUACUGGAGAAAAACCCUAUCACUGUAAGAAAUGUGGGAAAGCCUUUCGGCACAGCUCAGGCCUUGUUGAACAUCAGAGACUCCAUACUGGGGAAAAACCUUAUAAAUGUAAUGAAUGUGGGAAAGCUUUUCCCCAAAGUUCAGCCCUUAAACAACAUAAGAAAAUUCAUAACAAAGAAAGAGCCAUUGAAUGUAGUUAGUGUGGUAAAUUGUGCAGCAUAGUUUAUUCCCUCUGACCACCAUGGAGGAGAUAUUAAAUAAAUUAUGCAUUUAACAGAAAUAUUCUGUGUACUUCUGAGAGAACAUCUCACUUGUGAGGAUAUUCAUUGUGGGGUUCAUACUAGUAAAACAUUUGAAGAACCUAAAUGUGUGUCAGUAUGGAAAUAGUUAUAUAUACUGUGUGUGGUGACUGAAAAGAUUGAGGUGGAGCUGUAAAUAUUAUACAAAGCCAGGCAUGGUGGCACAUGCUUGUAGUCCCAGAUACUUGGGAGGCUGAGGCAGGAGGAUUGCUUGAGCCCAGGAGUUUGAGUCUGUAAUGCACCAUGAUUGUGCCUGUGAAUAGCCACUGCACUCCAACCUGGGCAAUACAGCAAGACUCCAUCUCUAAAAAUAAGUAAAAAAAAUACAACAGUAGAAAUAUCCCCAUGAUACCUUGUUAAAUUAAAGAAGCAAGUUGUAGGAAAUCUAUAUUACAUACAAUCAAAAAGACCUGGAAAAAUAAAGACCGAACUUAACAGCAAAUAUCUUUUUUUUUUUUUUUUUUAAGAGACUAGCUCUCACUCUGUCACCAGGCUAGAGUGCCAUGUGAUCCUUGCUCACUGUAGCCUUGAACUCUUGGGCUUGAACAACUCUCCCACUCCAGUCUCUGGAGUAGCUGGGGCUAUAGGCAUGUGCCACCACACUGAGCUAACAGCAGUUAUCUUUGAGGAGGAUGUGGUAUAGGUUGAGCAUCCAUAAUCAGAAAAUCUGAAAUCGGAAGUGCUCCAAAAUCCAAAACUGUCCUGAGCACCAACAGGGGCAGAAUUCCACACCAAACCUUAUGUGAUGGGUUGCAGUUAAAAUGCAUUCCUAUGAUUCCUUAUUAUGUGUGUGCAAAUACUGCAAAGUCCAAAAAGUCUGAAAUCCUAAAUACUUCUGGUCCCAUGCAUUUCAGACGAGGAAUACUCAACCUUUAUUGGUAUGAUGAAGUGAAAUUUUGACUUUGACUGUGUUCUUUGAAAUGAAAUAUUUAAUCAAGCAUAAUUCAUGUAUCUUCCAUAACUUAGUAUAGUUAUCUUCCUACUCAGAAGUCAUAAAAAUAAGACAUGCCACAUAGAAACUAAAAGCUUUCAGUUUCUACAACUAAAGGCUUCACAGUAUUAAAAUACAAAGGGCUAGACUUGGACAAAAUAUUACCAUCAUCAUAUUUAACAGAUAACACUUAGAAUAUCUAGAAAGUCCUUAAAAAUACAUAAAUAUAAAAAUUCCAGUGGAGAAAUGGUCUUGGAUAUGAAUGUACAGUGGUCA